UUAUAUUUUUAAAAUUUCGGACAAUCAAUUUUCAAUUCAAAUCUCAAAUAUUUUUAUCAACUUUUCAUUCCUACCUGCCAAACGCCUAUGUAACCAUAAUAUUUGCAGUCAAUUGCAAUUGAAAAAUCCUCUCAAGUUUAAUUUCUAAAGCUUAAGUCUUUAAGUUUUACUUACAAGUUACCAAUAAUCAGCCUCUGUCAUCCAGUUAUGGAUUCUUUGGUGAAAAACCCUUUUGGCCAACAGCCCCACACCUGAACCACCACAGCCCCACUCAUCUCUUUCUGCAUCGGGUAUGCUGGGAGUAAAUACAUAGCAAAGGUUGGAUUAUUAGAUAAUAAUCAAAAGGUGGAAUUACUCAAAGCGGAUGAGUGAAAAGAUGGAUUAUUUUUCGACAAAUUUUCGUUAAUCAAGUGAUGAUGGGAGAAACUGAGAUAGGUACAACCAAUCAAGCUACUGAUAGAAAUCAACUGCCUAAACUGAUUUAUCCUGCAUUUGCAAACUUUUUCUUUCAAGCCCAUCAAAGAUUGCAGAAUUUUUUAGAGUCACAUGUUAGAGUACCAGGGGAAGUAAAGCAGAGAAAGGAUUUAACUAAGCAGGUUACCGAAAAUGAACAGAAAGUGUUGAAUGAUUGGGAGAUUGAACUGCAGAAGCAGCUGCAACUUUGGCGAGCAAACCCGUAUUGGAGUCAUCAACCGCCUGAGAUAGAGGUUGCUGUACCUAAAGGAUCACUUUGCAACCUGCAUAUAACAUUCAACGCUGGGUUGCCUCCAGAUGCCGUGUACAACAUCAUUAUUGACCCAGAUAGCAAGAGGAUCUUCCGAAACAUCAAGGAGGUCAUAUCGAGGAAGGUGUUGGUUGAUGAAGGUUAUAGACAAGUAGUUCAAGUGGAACAAGCAGCUAUAUGGAAGUUCCUAUGGUUAUCAGGAACUAUAUCAGUCAAUGUCUUAGUAGAACAAAACAGGGAGGAUCACUCUAUGAGGUUCAAGCAGACAAACACGGGAUUCAUGAAGAAGUUCGAAGGUUGCUGGAAAAUGGAUCCCGUGUUUGUUGAUGAGAAUAUAUGCUAUCCAUUUAAACCGAAAACUUUAUCAGAGUAUCGUUCAUGUACAAGAGGAAACGGAAGGAUUGGAUCGAGGGUUAGCUUAGAGCAAUUGCUUCAACCAGCUAUUGUUCCACCCCCUCCUUUUUCAUGGUAUCUUAGGGGAAUCACCUGGAAGACCUCUGAGACGCUGAUGAAUUAUCUGCUCGAAGAGGUUGCAAGAAUCAAGGGUAUUUCUCCAGAGACGGAUUUAAGUAGAGAUGAGAAGUCAUUUCGAGAAUUAGCUAGUGAAAUGAGUAUAGAUGAAGUACGCGACAUCAAGAAAAGAUGGGCGUUGCGAAGGAGAAAUUCUUUGCAUAAUCGAAAGUCUCUCUUAGCAUGAAUUUGUACUUGUUUGGGACAAAGGAGUAUGUCUUGUCUCUUGUGGCAUAAGAGGAAGUCUUUAAAUUGUGAGUUAUUGACAAGAAGAUGUCAAAUAUUGUCAUAUGUCAUUUGACAUUUAUUGAAUGUCUGAAAAUGUAAACGCUGAUCUUAUAUUAUAUUGUCAAUCAAUGUUUAUGAAAAGAGAUUAUAAAA